CGGGACCUUACCGUACACAGGAAAGAAAGGGUGAGGUGGCCAAAACGGAACGCAGCAUAGGCCUUCCCCCUUCACGGCUUCGCAUCCUUUUCUUCAUUGUCCAAGUACUAAAAUCGACGGCGGCGCGCGACGUUCGGCAUUUUCUUGCUGUCUUUCCGUCGCUCUCUGUCUCAGGCCUUAUUGUGGAAAUCCCUUCUGCUUCUACAUUUCAGAGGUAAAUUUAUGAAGCUGAAUGCGUAACUGUGCGACAGCAGUGGUGGCCAGAGUUAGAUCAGCAAAUGGCUAUUCAAUUCAAUAUUUGUUGAACGAUAACUUCUUUGUGGUUUCAAAUCCAGCUUUGUUGCCUGAGCUUGGGAAAGUUGAAAUAUAGUUGUUAUUUGAGUUGGUGUGCCUGUUCCGUCUCCGUUAAAUAAACAUAACUGGAAUUCACCUCAUGUAUCUGGAAUUUGAGAUAAGCAAUACUGUUGUGUGGCUUUCUACAAUAAUUAUCUAAUGUGCACCUGACCUCACCUCUGUUUGUCUCCCUCAACCCUUCUCCAGAGUUUAAGAGCAGCUUACUCUCCUCAGCUAAGAUUGCUGCUUUCAUGCCAGUACUGACUUUUGGUACAAUUACUUCAGUAAGUAAUUUGUAUCGACUUUGCAGAAAUGGCAGUGUGCUUGUGAAUUUUUCUUCACUUUGUGCUCUCAAGACUAUGGAUUUGACAGAUGCUAGUGAAGCCCAUGAUUGUAAUUACAUAGAAUUGCAGCAUAUAAUGCAGAAUUAUGCUACCUCAGGUUACUUUGAAAAGGCUAUGGAGACACUGCGUUGCAUGAGAAAUAUAGAGGGGAAGCCUACUGUUUACGAUUAUAAUGGUUUGAUUUAUUGCUAUUUGAGAUCCCAUAAUGUAUCAACGGACAAGCUAGAGCAGUUGUAUCAGGGAAUGAAAAGGUUUGGUCCCGUUCCAAAUGCAUUAACCUUCAACACACUUCUUAAUGGACUGUUGUCUCUCAGUAAUCUGAAAACUGCGUUUUUGAUUGUGAAAGAGAUGCACAGUAGCGGGUUUGUCCCGUCAUUCAGCUUAUUGUCAAGAAUGUUGAAAAAAUUGAUAUACUCGGGGCAUUUUAUUGAUUCUCUCAAUAUGUUUGACUUCGUGAUGCGGUUGAAGUAUUGUCCUACUCACCACACUGUAGAUUCUUUGGUUUCCAUGCUUGCUAAUGCUGGGUUGAUCCAAAAAGCAUAUUUUGUAUUGUCUACCCUUCUAGAAGAGGGUUACUUUUGUGGCACACAUAAUUAUAAUAAAAUUCUAUGGGCUAUGUGCAAGUCUAACCAGAGUUAUGCUGCUCUUCAACUAUUGUAUUUAAUGAAAAAGAAAGGUAUAAUCCCCAGUGUUUGCUCUUAUACUGCUUUAGUGUAUGGCUUUUGUAAAGAAGGUUGGUGUGAAGAAGAUCUUCUACACUGUCUAGAUGACAUGGAGAGUGAUGGUUGUAAGCCCAAUGUCAAAACAUACACUAUAAUCAUCAAAUUUCUGUGCGAUAAUGGGAGAAUUGGACAGGCACUAGAAUACCUGGCCAAGAUGCAAAGUAGAGGAUGUGAACCAGACUUGACCACCUAUAAUGUAAUUCUUCGUGAACUUUGUCAUCAAGAUAGGGAGGAUGAUGUUGUGGAAAUCCUUCAGGUGAUAAAUCAGAAAGGAUAUCUUCCUAAUCCACAUACUUGUGCUGCUUUGUCUGGAGGCCUGCUGAAAAUAGGCAAAUCAGGGGUUGCUUUUGAGAUAUUACGUUGUGUAAUUUCAAAAGGCUGUGCUCUGGAUAUUGCAGUUUUAAACAUAUUAUUCCACUGUCUAUGUCUUGAGGGAAGAUUGCAAGAAAUGAUAUCUUUGUUGAAAAUAAUGAUGGAAGGUGGAUUUUCACCAAAUAAUGUUUCAUAUAACACAAUUUUGAAGGCAUUUGCUCAAGAGAAUCUUGAAGAAGCUUUUAAGCUCUUGGAUUGUUUUGAGUGGGGUGCUAAUAAACCAGAUUCCAUUUCCUUUAAUACAAUUUUGUGUGCUGCAUGUAAACAAGAGAAUUCACCAAUUAUUGGGAGAGUCUUGUAUCGCAUGGAGUGUGAAGGCAUUAAGCCAAAUGCUAUUGGUACAUCUUGUUUAAUUCAGUACUUCUGCAAAGUGGGGAGAUUCUCUGCAUGUCUGGAGCUUCUAGAAUUGAUGCUGCGUGAUGGUUUUUAUCCAGCAGUUACUUUUAAUGUGGUUCUGGGCCAACUUUGCAAAAAUGGGUCACUUAAGACUGCAUGCGACUUUUUAGAUGUCUUCAGAACACUUGUUUUCCACCUGAUAUUGUUUCAUAUAACAUUCUUAUACAUGCUUCAAUUAGAGAACGCAAUAAGUUGCUUUUAAGCGAAUUAUUCAAAGGCAUGUAUAGGCAGAAACUGAGACCUGAUUGUUUUACUUAUGGAUCCAUGAUAGGUGGUUUUUGUAGGGAAGGAAAAAUAUCAGCUGCCCUGCAAUUAAGAAAGCAAAUGCUUGAGAAUGGGAUUGUUCCAGGCAUUGCGAUAUACAACACCAUACUAAAAGCAAUGUUCCAAAGAGGCAAGUUUUGGGAUAUUAUUUGGUUAUUAAAAUAUAUGGCCAUGGAAGGGUGUCAACCUGAUAAGAUUACAUGUGAGAUUCUCAAACAAGCUACAUCAAAAGGCUGGUUGAGGAGAUAUCCUGAGCUCGCAAGAAUACUAGAGUUUGUGAUACAUGAUAAAUAAGAAAUAAAAUCAUCAUUGACUGGCAUUGUUGUUUUUGUGGCAUGUUGGCAAUUUUUCUUGGUAGGCUCAGAUUGGGCACCAUCUGAUCUUGAUGACCAUAAUUUUGUGUGGCCUUCAAGACUCAGUUUUUGUCAAGGUAAAAAGUUGUCAUUGCAUUCACCAUAUAUGGACGUUGCAAUGCAUGCCCCGUCCUGUCCAUCGUUCAAAAGAUGACUUUCUUUUCCACUGGGUAUGUUUCUGCUGGUUGUUCGUGCAGCAGAUGUCAUGUAUCUGUUUAUCUAUUGUGGUGCAAACAUGCGGUUCUCUUUCAUGGAUAUGGUACUAUCAUUUUUCAAAUUCUAUAUAGAAAAAUAUUGUACAUUUAUUCCAUAGAAUUUCUUCGGUUUUUUCUCAUCAUGCCUUCUAGUAUUAAGUUGUUGAUCAGAAAAAUGAAGGCACUAUGAAUGGUCUUCUCCAAACCGCGAAACUAGAUAUGGAUGUUACAGAUUCAUGAGCUCAUCUGGGUCACAAUUCUCCAUACUAAUGGUGCAAUUAACCACUCCUGUUCAUGUUUGCCUGCAUGUCAGUCUUAGAUCACUCAUCUUUCUCUUCCAUCCAUAAGCCCAACUGAUCUAUUUGCCGCUGGUGGCAUCAUUAAGGUGGUAAGGUUUUCAUGAGAAGCCACCAAGUUCACUUUUAGGAUGCAACCCCCUUUUUUAUUUUAGAAGUUGUCAUGGGGAGGCUAUUAGUUUCAUAGAGAAGAUUCAUUUUUCCUGAUUUUCUGACUAUUUAAAUUGUGUGUAAGUAAUGCACUGUAUGUGAAUGGAUUGUAUUUAUGCAAUAAGGUUCUCUCAAUUUAGAGGAUCCCAGUCGCUUGCAUGGGCACAUGAUGCAGCUGAUUCUUGCAUCCAUCUCUGUGCAGACUGCAGAGCGAAGAAACAAAGUGAUGGAGCUGGGUAGCACCAAAAUGAUGCUUCUUGAAAUGGAUUGGGAUUGUGAAAUCAAAUUCAAGCGUUCACAUCCUCCCUCAAACAAGCUUUUUAUUCAAUCUCCUUCCAGUGGUAGUUUGAUCACUUAGAUGUUCUUUCUCAUCUUCCUCAAAUUAUAAGCAAAGUGGUGCUGGAUAUUUUCUUUUCCAAGGAAGAGGCAUGAAGUGGCUUUGAUUGACUUGGGGUUUCGUUGCUUAUAUACAUAAUUUUUUUUUUCCAACAAUGCUUGUUACACCACAACAUUGAUUUUGUUGCAAUGUGAAGGUAGAAGAGUUUCAUAAGUUAGCAUAUUCAUUCUGGGUCUGAUUGAUACACGUCAUAUCAGUUUUGACCAUAGACUGAGGUGAAGUUGUAGCUGUUGCAAAGUCGUGGUUGCUUGUGACUCAACAGAUGUUGUUAAUAUGACCAGUGGAGGAAACUUCACUAAACAUAUGGAUGCUAAAUUGGUGGCAGAUAUGCGAUUUGCAGUGUUUUCUUCUUUGAAUUAGAAUAUUAUUUUGAAUCUUGUACAUUUGAAAGCCAAUGAUUAUGCCAGUUGGCUAGCUAAAUCUUCUCAUGAUAUUUAUGUUAACUUUUUGAUGUUCACCGAUCCUUUGUUAGUUGGUAGGAGGUCAUUGGAUUUGGACAAAUAAACUGGGGAGAAUGACAUUUAAGGCUCUCAAAAGGAAAUUUAUCAUAAUAAGGAUCUAUAAAUUUUGCAUUGAAUAUUGUCUUGUAAAAAUACAUAUAUGUUGCUCAAUACUGAACAUUGACUCCUUAAAUUUAUAAGAAAAUCUUAACAAAAAAUACAAGAUUCAACUUUUAACAAUAACAUAUACAAUUUAACAUUUUUUUUUUGCUCAAAAAAAAAAAAAGAUUCAACUUUUAACAAUAACAUAUACAUGUUUUUACAAGACAAUAUUCAAUGUAUAACUUAUAGGUGAUGAUAAAUUCCUUUGAGAGGACCUUAAAUGUCAUUCUCCUAAUAAACUGUGUAGCUUCUUCUGGUGUUUCUUUUUUAGCUGUAUUAUUUAUUUACUUAAUCUUAAAAAGAGGUAAAGCAAAGAAAAUAACACAUGUGGCUGCCUCCUGUACUGGAUAAUUGCUUUAUCCUGAAGAUCACCAUGUGAGGACUUGAUAUGAAUUCAUGAAGAAUGAAGCUCAACCACUUGUUAUUGCAAGAUGAAAGAUCAGAAGCCAAGCCAAAUGGUGCUCCCAAAGCAGGUUGGGUUCUGACUUGAUAUUGAUGGUUCAAUUAACAAUUAUGGUGCUGCUGUUUGUGGUGGACUAUUCUAGGAUGACAAUGGAAAUUGGAUUAAGAAUUUCUCAAAAUAUCUUGGCUACUGCUCCAGUACCACUACACAAUUAAUGGGUAUUCUUGAAGGCCUCAAAAUCUAUUGGCAUGGCAAAUUUGACAAAGUUAAUGUUUACUUUAAAUAUCUUAAAGUUCUCACUCAUUUAACAUGAUUCCACGGUCACGGAAUUUGUUUAGAAAAGCAAAUGAGUAUGUUGAUUGGCUUGUACAUCAAGUUUCCAAUGAUAAUUUAGCUGUUAAUUUCCCCCCCUACAUUCCACCUAAUGGAUCUAGAAGCUUUUUGUAUCCUAAUUUGUCACCUUCCUACACAUUUUUUUUUUCCUGUUGUGUUGUAUUAAAAACAAGGGAAAGCCAUCAACACAUUAUGCAAGGGAGUCAGAUGUUGGUGAUGGUGUUAUUGAUGAUAUGUAAAAUAUAUGGAUCAUUGGAACCUUGUGAGCAUAUUGAGUAUGAUAUAUAAAAUAUUGUCCACUUGAUUAUGA